AUGAGAAACAUCAUUUUCCUUUUUUGCAUUAUUCUUUCUGUUGUUUGUUUUUGUCAUGGUCAUAAGAAUUAUUUAAAGAGAGAUAAUUAUCUACAAUAUUUAAGAUCGCAAACAUUUUUACAAGAUAGAUCAAAGCAUAAAAAAUUCAAUAAAAAUUAUUCAGAAGAUAUAAAUGAAUUUGAUGAAUAUGAAGAUGAGGAAACAGAUAAGUUAGAUAAUGACAUAUCAGAUGAAAUAAAAAAUAAGAAAAACGAAAAUUAUGUAUCCAAAAAGAUAAAUGAACAAAACAAAAAUAAUAGUAUAAAUAAUAAUGAAAAAAAACUUACCUUUAAAAAUAUAGAGAAUGAAUUAAAUAAUACAGAUACUUUUAUGGAUGAUGAAAAUGUAAAAUCGUUAGGAAAAAAAAAAGAAUGUAAUGUUAACGAAAAGGGACUUUUAGAUGUCUCUUUAAAUUCAAAUGAUUUUUUUAAUAUGAAUAAAUAUAUGGUUGAAAUAACAUCUUCAAAUAUUAUAAUAAAAGAUAAAAAUAAUAUAAAAAUAAUCAAAGAAAUUCCAUUUGAACAUAUUAAAUUACCAAUAACUACUAUUGAAGAAACAAGAGAAUGUUGGUAUAUAAAAAGUAUUGAUGAUAAAAUACUUUUAUGUGAUAAAGAAAAACAAGAAAGAGAUAUAUGGAUAACUAAUAUAUUGAAAGCAUUAUUUUGUUAUAAUACAAAUAAUUUAAUAAUUGUAAAUAAUGAAAAAAAAAAUUCAGUCCCUAUACCAAAAGAAUCAACAGUGGAUAAAAGAUUAAAUGCAUUAAAACAAAAAGAAACAAUAAAAUCUUCAGAUGAUAAAACAUUAACAAAUGAUAACAAAGUUAAUAAUAUAACUAUUUCGAAUUUAAGCGAUCAGGAACCUAAAAUUGUAUUUAAUUAG